CCCAUGAGUCCUUGCAGUUGAAUAGGGUUGCCAGCUGGUUGCAUGAAAGGAGUUACAAUCGUAGAUAAAUUUCAGAUACGGCAACACUUGUUUGACGUUUAAAACUUUUCCGGCUCUGUCGUUGUCAUUUAAUUUUUAGCCAGUUCAGUUUUGGUGCUUUUCUUUAAUUGUUCCGCAGCAAAAAUUAGUUUUCAUGCCAAAAAUGGUGAAUAACUCGGUUGUAAAUGCGCCCUUCUACCAAGAGCAGAAGCGCAAAAUCGGUGGUCGCCCCUCUGGUAACGGUGGCACUGAAAUGCCUAAUUCGGAUCAGAGCAACGUUAAUGCAUCGGAGAACAACGAGCAUUUGCGCAAAAUUUUUGUCGGUGGUCUCUCCAUUAAUACCACCGCCGAUACGAUGCGCCAAUUUUUCAGUCAAUUUGGGGUUGUGUCCGAUGCUGUGGUUAUGCGUGAUCCGAUUUCCAAUCGCUCUCGCGGCUUUGGUUUUGUGACCUAUGUUGAGCCGGCUGCCGUUGAGAAUGUUCAGCGUGCCCGUCCUCAUAUCAUUGACAGCAAAACUGUCGACACCAAACGUGCUUUUCCACGUCAUGAGUUCAACAAGGCCAUUGGCCAUUUGAGCAAUAUCAAGACGAACAAGAUAUUUCUCGGUGGCCUCAAGGACUGCCACGAUGAGAGUACUUUGCGAGAAUAUUUUUCUCAAUUCGGUGCUAUUAACAGCGUUAAGGUGCUGUUGGACAAGGAGACCGGACGCAAGCGUGGCUUUGGAUUCUUAGAGUUUGAGGAUACAGCUGGUGCUGCUCGUGCCCUGGGUCAAAGCAAGCACUCGAUUAAGAUGGCCACUGUGGAGGUAAAGAAAUCCACCCAGAUGCUAGAUUGCAGCAAACGCGUUCGUUUGCCAAUUGGAGGAGCUGCUUGCGCCGGCUAUGCGCCACCGCAGCCAACCACCAUGGACAACUUUGUCUAUAAUCCAAAUUAUAAUCAGUAUCAGGCACAAACGUCAUUGCCGCCGUCUGCCUUCUUUAACGGCUGGGCCUCAUAUGUGGCACCUACAGUUCCGCCACCCGUCAACUAUCCGCACCAUCAACAACAGUUGCACGGCUACUCUCAGGGCGGGUGGGCCUACGGCACUCCGCCGUACGCUAACUCGGAGUGGUCCCGAAACAGUUACAGCUCAAUCGCAUGGCAACCGAAAGGUGCCCAGAAGCCCAUUCCGGCUCAGACGCUGCCAGCUGAACGUCCGAAGAAUGAGUACAAGUCCGUUCAAGCUGAAGAGGCUACCAAGAAGCAGACACCGGCUGGCGAUGCCAAUGCUAAUGAGACUCCAACUGCUGUCGAUGUUGAGAAGAAAUGGCUGGCCAAGGACUAUAAGGUCUUCAAACCAACAGGCAGAUACAACUUUGGCACUCCCCAGACCAACCACAUGAGCUCCGGGCCUAACGAUAUUUCAACACCUGCCUAUGGCAUUUAAGAAGUCUGCUCUUCAAGAGAAAUCACAUUAUUCAUAUAUGUAUCACUCACUACAGAUCUAUAUAUAUAUAUGUAUAU